UAGUGAGCAGAGGCUCGACUGCAAGAUGAAGUCGAUUGCGUUGCUGGUAUUGGGCCUGGCCGCCAUGGCCACGGCUCAUAUUGAUAUGGACGUCCAACUAUCAGUCACAAUGGAUGUUAAACAAAAGCAGCUGUUUAUUUUGAAAUUACUGAACCAUGUAAUUGAUCCGGUGAUGUACAAGGACAUCCAAGACAUUGGAAUGAAUUUUAAGAUCGAAGAAAACCUUAACUUAUAUACCAGAACUGAUGUCGUUAAAAAUUUUGUCAACCUGGUAAAAAUGGGAUUGCUGCCACGUGGUGAAAUAUUCACUAUUCAUGUCGACCGUCAACUUAAGGAGGUCGUAUCCAUGUUCCACUUGCUCUACUACGCUAAGGACUUCACCACUUUCAUCAAGACAGCUUGCUGGAUGCGCCUCUACCUGAACGAGGGUAUGUUCGUAUAUGCUCUCACAGUUGCCGUCAGACAUCGUGAAGACUGCAAGGGAAUUAUUCUGCCGCCUCCUUAUGAAAUCUACCCGUACUACUUCGUCCGUGCUGAUGUCAUUCAAAAGGCUUACUUAUUGAAGAUGAAGAAAGGAUUACUCGACACAAAGCUCUGCGAUUUUUACGGUAUCAAGAAGACUGACAAGGGCGUCUACAUUAUUGACGAGAACAUUUUCGACAAACGUGUUUACCUUAGCGAUGAAGACACGCUCAGAUAUUUCACUGAGGAUAUUGAUCUAAACACAUACUACUAUUACUUCCACGUGGACUAUCCCUUCUGGAUGAAGGACAACGUCAUCGACAAACUUAAGAUGCGUAGAUGGGAGCUGAACCUAUAUGUUUGCCAGCAAAUCCUAGCAAGAUACUACUUAGAACGUUUGUCCAACGGACUGGGUGAAAUUACUACAUUGACAUGGAACAAGCCAAUUAGGAAGGGUUACUGGCCAUGGAUGUUACUUCACAAUGGUGUCCAAUUCCCACUAAGACCCAACAACUACGUUCUGGUUGGUGAUAAAGACAUCAACGUUGUGCGUCUGGUAGAAAACUACGAAAUGAUCAUUAAAGAUGCUAUCAUUAAGGGCUAUAUUGACAUCAAUGGCAUCCGGUUGGACUUGGUCAAAUAUGAAGAUGUUGAGACUCUAGGAAAGAUUGUUUUCGGAAAGAUUGACAAGGUUGAAGUUGACAAAUUCCACAUCGAUGCUUACCGCUACCUGCUUAUCAUCAUGAAAUCUGUUAUAGGACUUAAUACAUUCAAUUCCAACAAAUACUUUGUAACGCCAUCCGUUCUCGACAUCUAUCAAACUGCUCUGCGUGACCCUAUCUUCUAUCAACUUCAAAAACGUUUGUGUGACUUCUUGAUCCUGUUCAAGAAACGCCUGCCUUGCUACACAAAGGAGGAACUAUUCUUCCCUGGAGUAAAGAUUGAUAACGUUGUUGUUGAUAAACUGGUGACAUACUUUGACGAUUACCUGAUGGAUAUGACCAACGCUGUUACACUAACUGAAGAUGAACUUAAAAAGACCACCUCAGAUAUGGUAUUCUUGGUACGCAAACGUCGUCUUAACCACCAACCGUUCACAGUCACACUAGACAUUCUUUCUGAUAAAACUGUUGACUGUGUGGUCAGGUUAUUCUUAGGACCGAAGGAAGAUCACUGGGGCCGCUUGAUUGAUCUCAACCAUAACCGCGUAAACUUUGUCGAAUUAGACUCCUUCCUUUACAAAUUGAACACCGGAAAGAAUACCGUCGUCAGAAACUCGAUCGAUAUGCACAAUUUGGUGCGAGAUCGUAUCAUGACUCGUGAUCUCUGGAAGAAGAUCGACACACUAACCGAUAUGAAGGAUCUGCUAGUUAAGGACUUGAGGAACUACCACACUGGAUUCCCGACAAGGCUUUUAUUACCUAAAGGUCGCAUCGGCGGUAUGAACUUCUUGCUGUACGCUAUUGUAACUCCGUUGAAGUUGGUUGACAACGUUGACAUAAACAUUCUUGAUACUAACCGCAAGGACUGGAUUGUAGACUUCAGAUCCACUGUUCUUCUUGACAAGAUGCCACUAGGUUUUCCGUUUGACCGCACUAUUGACGUUGCCAAGUUCUUCACGCCUAACAUGAAGUUCGUCAAUGUUGUGAUCUUCCACAAGAAGCAGGUCUGUGACAUGAAGACCAGAUGGGACCGCUGGGUGCUGAAGAACUACAACAUGGUCGACCGAACUAUAGUAGGAGUGAACGACUAUAUUACUAAUGUCGAUAUCAACUCAAAAGUAGACAAAGACGUUAAUCUAUUUGACCUGUAAAUACCAAAAUAAUUGCUAUUUUUGAAUAUUUAUGACUUAUAUACCAAAUAUAUAUUAAAGCAUUGGAAAAAAUUAAAUAAAUAAAUACA